AUGCAGGGGGUUCGUGAUCUUUGCGCUUUUUCUUAUUCUGAUGGUACUCCUGAAGAUGUGGCGAGUGGUAAUGAGGGGGUUGAUCAUGGUAACAACACAAUUGUUGGCGACGAGGAUGUCGUUAUUGAAAGUGGUGGUGGAGGUGGUGCAGGCAGUCAUUUGGAUGCCGACACUUGUUUGGGUGGUGAGGGUAAUAGGGAUGUCAUAACUGUUGUUCGCGAGCAAGGAUGUGUUGAGGAUAUUGUUUCUGAGAGUGCUGGAGGCAUGAGUGAUAUUGUUAGGCUUGAGGGUGAUAAUGUUAAUGUUGAGGGAGAUGUUGAUGGAAAUGGUGGUGGUGGUGAUGUGAUCGGAGCGUCCUACCAACUUCACCGACUGGCAAAUCACCCCUACCUUUUCCCCAUCUCCUCUUCUGGUGAAGAAGAUGAGGAAUGUGUAGAAAGUGAGGAUGAUGACGAUGAUGAUGAGGGUGGCAACGAGGCACCACACAAUCCUCCUCCCAUGGGUGGAGCUAGCUCAUCCCAUGAUGCUCAACAUCCGCCAUACCACCAACAAUACAUGGAUCAAUUCCAAUCGAUCCACAACCGCCUUGACUCCUACCAUCAAGAACUCACGAACCUAACACAAAGUUUUUCCUCCUUCACCACUCAAUAUGCUCGGGAUCAAGAGCGCCAACGCAAGCAUGAGGAGGACUUUUGGGCUUGGACCCGAAACUCCGACUAUUAUCCUCCUCCUCCUCCUCCACAAUAG